AUGCAUUUUCGCGUGGGGAUUCUCCUGCUGGCUCUCCUGGGAAGUGUCUCUUCCUUCUCUGGGAUUGCAAAAUACACAGUAAAUGACUUCGCAAGUGAGACGCCUAUGCUUAUCUUCAUAUACUAUGAAAGCGAUAAAAGCAAGUGUCUUGCAUGCAGCUCGUACAAAAAGUGGCUUUCUUCAUUCCCAGAGAAAACGCUUGGAGUCUUUACGAUUAAAAGGAUAAACUUCAACACAGACCCAAUCAUGGCUCUUCGCUUUAAAACGAACAGUUUCCCCACUUUCUUCCUGCAGCACAAAAACAGGUUUAAAAACAUAACGGACAUCGACAUUUUAGAGCACGAUAUUUCCUACAGAAAGUCAUACUCUAACGAUAUUGAUGCUGUUUUGAAAAACCCCCGAAUUCUCGACUCUGUUCGCACGAUUGAAGGGUACGAGUCGCCUGCUUCUUGCAUUUCCCUGGGAUAUGCAUAUUUGUUUGCAGUUGCCUAUUCGGGGAUGCGGAUUCUGGACAGAGUUUCCGGGAUGCUGCCUUCUGAUGGGGUUGUUUUCGGGGGAGUUACUUUGUGCCUGGUGAUCUUAUUGAGUAAAAUUUUAAUCAGGAAUAAUUACCGUAUUUGGAAAAAACCGUUAGAAAAUGCAGAACCUGAAAAAAACACUCGCAAAAGCAAAUAA